CAAAAGAUUAUCUUUUUCAAAAUUCAAAAGGGUUUAAAGUUAUGGAUUUAGCUAAGAUUCAACCUGCUGGAGAUGGGGAAAUGGAAGAAACAGAUUCCAGUAUCCCAAUCCUUGAAAACAAUAUUCAGAGAACACAUUUUCCAGGCAUGGUGAGAAAAAAAUCAUACGUAUUUGAUGGUUCUGGGAAUUAUUGCAACAAGGAAUGGGAUCUAGCUCAAGGUAGUGGGAAGCAGUUCUGUUGGUACCAUGUUGUGCUUCCAAAAGGGAAACAGAAGCUCUCACAAUCUGCACAGUACCUUAUCGAAGUUCUUUGUCCGCCAUUAAAGCUUCAAGACAUUCUUUCACUCGUUAGCAAUGGACCCUUUUGCGGACAUGUCGAUGGAGCACUCGUCUUUCGGGUUAAUUCUCCUGGUCCUCCUUCCAGUAACUUUACAUUUAGGCUGGCUGCAAGGGUUACCGAGAAUUCGGUGAUUACAGUGUCAUUGGGACGUGUUCCGAGGCUUGGUUUCUCGCCGAUCGGUCGAUCUCUUUUGUCCGAGAUUCCUAGUGUUGAAAGUCCUAAUUGUAGAGAAGAUAGGCUGCCAGGGGGUGGGAUUGUUAUUAGGGAACAUGUUCUUGAGUUCUUAUUGACAAUGAAUCACUCUGAAGAGGCUGAUAAUCCGGUUCCAAAAUCGGUCUCGAACCUUGUCGUUCAUAUCGUCGACAUGCACGUCGAUCUCCUUCAGGAUGUUGUUACGAAGCUCGAGAUGGAUUUGGAUUCAGUUGAGCUCGAAUUGGACCGAGGUGGAUUUGCUUUAAGAAAAGAAAUGCUCGGAUUCCCGAAAAUGCAUCUCAAUCUGCAGCGUCUCCUGCAGGCAAUUGCACAUGGGGAGCAAGUAUUUCCUCGAGUGAAGGAAAAAUGUUUUUCGAAAUAUUGGUUUGCAAGUGAAGACAUUAGGUUGAAAGAGAAUGUCGGUUUAGCAAACCGUGUUACCGCGAUUCAGGCCAGUUUAGAUAGCUGGCAGUCGGAGCAAAUCAACAGAAAACUCUAUAACCUAUAUUUCCUUUCUGUUAUAUUCCUUCCUCUGUCUGUUAUCACCGGAGUGUUUGGAAUGAAUGUGGGGGGAGUUCCAUGGACAGUUCAAAAGGACCCUGCAUUGAAAUACGGCUUCCGCAAUGUAAUGUUUCUAUGUUUAGCAACGUUGAUACUAGUGCUGCUAUGCUUCAUUUUCCCCGCUCUCUAUUCUAGAUUGAUCACCUGGCAUCGGAGGCGGUCAUUGCGACGAAGUUGGUCGCAUAACGGAGAUUGGUCCUCAAGAGAAGCAGUGCAAACGGCGGUAGUUACAUCAGGAUUUGACAGAGUUGAUGAAAGUUUGUAUCAUUCUUUGUUUAUGUUUUCAUUGUACAGGUUUGUAAUAUUAAAGUUUGACUAAAACACGCACUUC